UCGGAAAAGUAAAAUAAAAUAAAUAAGAGCGUCUUUCAAGCCCAUAGAAAAGUCAAACGAGAAAGAGGGAGUGUCACAGACAGGACUGGUGCAACCCGAAGGUUCAACUUCUCGAAGCUUCGGUCUCGUUUUCUCUCUCCUCCAUUCCCGCUCAUCUUCCUCACCAGUUGGUUGGAUUUCGAAAUGGACAACGUGGAGCAAUGGAAGGCCAAACUGUUCGAUAUGCUCGAGCAGGGGAAGGGUGUAGUGCAGGAAAGUCUUAUCCCUGUGUUCGAGCAGGGGAAGGUUAUAGUGCAAGAAGGUAUUGUCCAAGCAAAGCAGAAAUUUGAUGAGAUGCCGGAAAUAAAGCAGAAGAUUAAAGAGACACCGGAAAUCCAACUGUAUAUUGCAGCUUCUGUUGUAGUCCUAACAAUAUUUUUGUCUCUGAUAUUGAGUUUGUUCAAGCGCAAGAAGUCUAACACCGUUGUGCUUGCUGGACUGACCGGGAGUGGGAAAACUGUUCUUUUCUACCAGCUUCGAGAUGGUUCUUCACAUCAAGGAACUGUGACGUCAAUGGACCCAAAUGAGGGUACCUUUGUGCUGCACUCUGAGGUCACUAAGAAGGGUAAAAUCAAGCCUGUGCAUUUAGUUGAUGUUCCUGGACACUCACGUCUUCGGCCUAAGCUUGAUGAGUAUAUGCCCCAGGCGGCUGGUGUUGUUUUUGUUGUUGAUUCUUUGGAGUUUUUGCCCAACUGCCGGGCAGCCGCUGAGUACUUGUACGAUAUCCUAACCAAGGCCAGUGUUGUAAAGAAGAGAAUUCCUUUACUAAUUGUUUGCAACAAAACUGAGAAAGUGACUGCACAUUCCAAGGAUUUUAUUCGCAAGCAGCUGGAGAAAGAAAUUGAGAAAUUGCGGACUUCGAGAACGGUGAUGUCGGAUGCUGAUAUUACCAGUGAAUUCACCCUGGGCGAAUCUGGGCAACCAUUUGCAUUCACUCAGUGUCAUAACAGAGUAACCUUUGGUGAAGCCUCAGGGAUCACAGGCGAUAUCUCGCAGGUUGAGGAGUUCAUCAGGGAGCAUGUAAAACCUUGAUGUCUUUUUUUUCAUCUUUGUUUUUUCUUAACUUUAUCAAAUGUUGUUUUUGUUGUAGAACUGAUGUAAGAUGAUAUCAAAUUAAAAGAGACGUAGGAACUUGAUUA